AUGAAGGAUUUUGAGAAGUUUAACGAUGGCGAUUUUGGAAGGAAAAAACCAAGAAAGCAAGCAAAUUCUAAUAUAUCAUCGGAGCCUGAGAAUCCUACCCCUGAUUCACCCUAUAUGUCAUCUCCUAACUUAUCAUCAUUCUCACUAAAUUUAAAUGAGGAUGUUGCAGGUGAUUCCACAUCAUCACAACGGCCUAGUGGAGUGAAGAAAUCAAAAAUGAAGAGAAAAAUUGACGAAGAAUAUAUGAAGACAAUCCAAUCAGAUAAUAAUCGGAUGGUUGAGGCGAUGAAUAAUGCAACCCAGGCAAAAAUGGAAGUCUUGACUGUUCUAAAGGAAAAAGUAAGAGUAAAAGAAAUGAAAGAAGAAAAUAAAAUUUUAAUGAUGAAUGUGGAUUCUAUUGUCGAUCCGGCUCGUCGUGAAUUUAUGCGACAAGAACAACAACGAAUAAUGUAUAAAAGAAGUCAAGAAUAUUCACAGUCGCAACCACAACAAUCCUCAGCCCCAUUCAGUAAUGAUUUUGGUGUAUCUGGAAACGACAUAGGUCCCUACUAA